AGGGGCGGGGCGGGCGCGGCGGGCUCUUCCGGCCGCGCCGCCGCGCCGAUGGUGGAGAAGAAGCCCUCGGUUCGCUCCCAGGACCCUGGACAGCGGCGGGUGCUGGACAGGGCCGCCAGGCAGCGACGGAUCAACAGACAGCUCGAGGCGUUGGAGAAUGACAAUUUCCAGGAUGACCCCCACGCAGGGCUCGCCCAGCUGGGCAAGAGGCUGCCGCAGUUUGAUGACGAUGCAGACACAGGGAAGAAGAAGAAGAAGACCCGAGGGGAUCAUUUCAAACUUCGCUUCCGGAAAAACUUCCAGGCUCUGCUGGAGGAGCAGAACCUCAGCGCCUCCGAGGGCCCCAACUACCUGACGGCCUGCGCGGGGCCCCCGGCGAGGCCCCAGCGCCCCUUCUGCGCCGUAUGCGGCUUCCCAUCCCCGUACACCUGCGUCAGCUGCGGGGCCCGCUACUGCACCGUGCGCUGCCUGGGUACCCACCAGGAGACCAGGUGUCUGAAGUGGACCGUGUAAAUCUGGCACGAGGGCCAGAAUGAACCAGCUCCGAGGACAGAGAGGAGCUGCCCAUCCACCCAGCAGAGCCACAGAAGGCCACAGACCCCAGCGGCGGGGGCUGGUCCAGCCGCAGAGUGUGUAAUAAACGGCCUGGUUAUCGGAA